AUGUUUCAGUUUGUGACCAGGGUAACAUUGAUUGCUCCUGUUGUCUGUUGGCUUGGUUAUUGCUCUGUGGCAACAGCUGAUCAGCCAUCGGGUACAGAUGCAAUUGUGGUAGAUGGAACCACAUUCGCGCUUAAUGGUGAUAAUGUUUCCUACCGCUUCCAUGUGGAUAAUAGCACUGGGGAUCUAUUCUCUGACCAUUUCGGUGGCAGGGUGACUGGUCCCAUCCCAACGGAAAUAUCAAGUGCAGUCAAUGGCUGGGUUGGAAGGCCGGGUCGAGUCCGUAGAGAAUUUCCGGAUCAAGGCCGAGGGGACUUCCGUACACCAGCUAUUCGUAUUCGCCAGACUCAAGGAUACACUGUAUCUGAUCUUCAGUAUCAGUCUUAUGAGAUAAAGCGUGGGAAGCCCACACUAUCCGGCUUACCAUCAACAUUUGGGGAUGAGGAUGAUGUGACUACUCUCGUCAUUCACCUAUAUGACCAUUAUAGUGAUGUCGCCGCUGACUUGUUCUAUUCAAUCUUCUCCAAAUAUGAUGCUAUUGCGCGCAGCGCCAGAAUAACGAACAAAGGCCAGGCAAAUAUCACAGUCGAGUCACUUGCUAGUUUCAGUGUUGAUUUCCCUUAUGAAGACUUGGAUAUGAUCAGUCUCAGAGGCGACUGGGCAAGAGAGGCUCACCGCGAGAGGAGAAAGGUUGAAUAUGGAAGUCAGAGCUUUGGAAGCUCUACAGGUUACUCAUCACAUCUGCAUAACCCGUUUCUGUCUCUUGUGAACCCUUCUACUACUGAAGCUUCUGGCGAGGCCUGGGGUUUCUCUCUUAUCUACUCAGGAUCCUUCUCUGUGGACGUUGAAAAGGGCUCUCAGGGUUUCACGCGCGCUCUACUUGGAUUCAAUCCUAGCCAGUUGUCAUGGUCCCUUGGCCCUGGCGAAACACUCGAAUCUCCCGAAUGUGUCGCUGUUUACUCGAAUAACGGAAUUGGUGGCAUGUCGCGCUCUCUACACCGACUGUACCGAAACAAUCUCAUCAAAAGCAAGUUUGCGACCGACGAUCGUCCACCGCUCCUUAACAGCUGGGAGGGACUUGGGUUCAACUACAAUGAAAGCAGCAUUUAUCAACUCGCUCAAGAGUCAGCCGAUCUGGGUAUCAAACUGUUUGUUCUUGACGAUGGCUGGUUCGGCGAUAAAUACCCUCGUACAUCUGAUACUGAGGGCCUUGGUGACUGGGUACCCAACCCUCAAAGAUUCCCCGAAGGGCUAGCGCAUGCCGUGAACAGUAUCACGGAGCUCAAGGCUGCUAACAAAUCAACUGGUAUGCGCUUUGGCAUCUGGAUGGAGCCCGAAAUGGUCAAUCCUAACUCCAGUCUAUACCGUGAGCACCCGAACUGGGCACUACAUGCCGGAUCCUAUCCACGCACAGAGCGCCGGAACCAGUUGGUGUUGAAUGUUGCUCUACCAGAAGUGCAGGACUUCAUCAUCAACUCUGUAUCGAAUAUUCUGAACAGUGCCAAUAUUUCUUAUGUGAAAUGGGAUAACAACAGAGGAAUCCAUGAGAUGCCAUCGCCAUCAACCGACCACUCAUACAUGCUAGGCCUGUACCGAGUUUUCAGCAAUCUUACAACUCAAUUCCCAGAUGUACUGUGGGAGGGCUGUGCUUCUGGCGGCGGUCGCUUUGAUCCGGGUAUACUACAAUAUUUUCCUCAAAUCUGGACUUCCGAUGACACCGAUGCAAUCGAACGUAUAACAAUCCAGAUGGGUACGUCGCUUGCUUACCCACCCAGCGCAAUGGGUGCACAUCUGUCUGCAGUUCCAAAUCAGCAGACGGGACGAACCCUACCCGUUGAUUUCCGUGGCCACGUCGCCAUGAUGGGUGGCUCAUUCGGUUUAGAGCUCGAUCCAGCAACUAUACCCGAGGAUGACAAGGCCGCUCUCCCUGGUCUGAUUGCACUUGCAGAAAAGGUGAAUCCAAUUAUCCUGAAGGGUGAUAUGUAUCGUCUCAGUCUACCCGAAGACUCGGACUGGCCUGCUGUUCAAUUCAUAUCUGAAGAUGGUAUCCAGGCGGUAUUGUUCUACUUUCAACUGAAUCCUAGAAUCAACCAUGCCAUUCCUUGUAUUAAGAUGCAGGGACUAGACUCACAGGCUAUGUAUAGUGUGGAUAGAAAUGUCACAUACUCCGGUUCCACUUUGAUGAAUAUUGGACUCCAGUUUCCGUUUGACACAGAAUAUGGCAGCAAGGUUGUUUUCUUCGAGAAACAACAAUGA